AUGAGUAAUAAUAACAAUAAAGAGGAUAUACUCGAAAGCACUGCUGAUAAUGUGAAAGGGGAAACGAAGGAAACAAACGUAAUGCAUGAAAUGUUUAAUAAUUCAAGAUCAAAUCAAAGCAGCAGUUUAAAUGAAAGUGAACUACGUACCACUAGUAGUAAUACAGUUACUAUAAGUUUUAGUGAAAGUGACAGCACAAGUUCAUCUAGCAAUCGUGGUGAUCCUAAUGACGGUGAUGAUAGUGAUGAAACUGAUUCAACUAGCUCCGAUGAUGAUGAGGAGGAGGAUGAGUCUGCUCAAUCAAAUCAAAUUGCCGAUUUUUCUGGUCAAGGUUUUACUACAGUACCAUCAAUAAUCUUUCAUCGAAUAACAAUCACCAAAUUAAAUUUAUCUAAUAAUAAUCUUAAUUAUUUACCAUCAGAAAUAUGUGAUAUGAUCAAUUUACAAUAUUUAGAUAUAAGUCAUAAUAAUCUACAAGGUUCUACUGAAGUACUUGGAAUGAAUUCUAUUGAUGGUAUUCAAAUGAAAAAUACUAAUGAAUCCAUUCAUCGUAGUAACAAAUCAGUUGAUUUUUUAAAUAAUAAUAAUCAUGAUCAUGCCAAUGGAAAAUUAGAUCAUGUACAAUUACCAAAAGAUAUGAAUCGUUUAAUUAAUUUAAAAACAUUAAAAUUGUCUUCAUGUGAUUUAAAAUUCAUUCCAAAAAUUGUAUUUCAAAUUAUUAGUUUAACUAAAUUAGACAUAAGUGAGAAUUGGACAAAUGAAAUACCUACAGCAAUAGGUAACUUGUUGGAGUUACGUUGUUUAUUGGCUAAACGAAUGGGACUAAGUACACUACCAAUACAGAUCAUUAAUUGCUCUAAAUUACGUACAAUAAAUUUAUAUGGAAAUGAAAUAACGUCACUUCCGGAUGAAUUUUCAAGACUUUAUAAAUUAAAAGCCUUGCAUUUAGAUUACCGACAUUUUAUAAAAGCUUUAAUUAAACCAAGGAAAGUUUCCAAAGUUAAAAUGGUCAAUUUUAUUGACUCAACCGAUGAAGCUGGCGAUAAUAAUAUUACAAUAGAAGUAAAUAAACCAAGAAAAUCUAUUGUAGCAGAAGAAACUGCAAUUUCAAUUGCUGAACGACUAGAUACAUUACUUCGUUCAGGUCAAAUGAAAUCAUAUCAUAUACCGGCUGCCAUAUUUAAACUACGAAGACUCACCGCAUUACAUCUUGAUCGUUGUCAGUUAAACUUCAUUCCAGAGAACUUAACACUUUUAAAGAGACUUCGUGAACUAUAUUUAUCAAAAAAUUAUUUCAGAGAAAUUCCACAAGGAUUGUUUACAUUACAUAAUACAUUGGAAUACUUAGAUUUAUCUGAUAACAAAUUGGAUGAUGAAGAAGAUAAGUCAGUUUUAUUGCCAAAAGAUUUUGGAGCUAAGUUUCAAAUGCUUAAAGUAUUAAAAUUGUCUUCAAUGAAUUUAACUUGUUUGCAAAAUGGAGUACUAUGUGGAAUGAUUGGAUUAGAACUGUUAGAUUUAAGCCGAAAUAAAAUAAGUCAAUUACCUGAUGAUAUAAAUAGCUUGAUUAGUCUUGAAGAACUAUUUCUCUCUGAAAAUAAGCUUACAUCCUUGCCAAAUACAAUAUGUCAACUGAAAGAACUUAGAACACUUGAUGUAAGCUAUAAUCAGUUAUCAGGAUUACCUGGAGAUUUAUAUUUACUCAAAAAUAUUCAGACAUCUCACUUGUAUAAAGGAUUGAAUAAAUCUGGUCUUUGGCUUCAGGGUAAUCCAUUAACCAGUAUACCACAAAGUGUAUGGAAAACAAUAGAUACUAAACAUUUAUGGAAAUAUUUAGAGGAUCAAAAAUUAAAAAAACUAUCUAGUACCAAACCAACUAAAAUUUUUAUAAUUGGUGAUAAAUUCUCUGGAAAAUCAACAUUAAUCAAAUAUUUAAUGAAAGAAGGUUCAAUCAAUACAAGUACACAGAUUAGUCUACCUUCACAACUUGAACAUUUUUCAAUUGACUAUAAAUCCAUGAUUCAAAAUAUUCCAAAUAAUGUUGAAUUACCAUUAGAAUGGUCACCAAUAUUAAUCAAUCAUUGUUCUUCACCAAAUGGAUUUAAAGUGAUAUUUUAUGAAAUUACAUUACCUCAAUUAUGUGAUCUAGAUCAUAGUCAUUCUUCUUUAUGUAAUCAACAUUCUGGAUUAGAAUUAAUUUUACCACACCUUUUGGAUAGUAACAGUUUUUAUAUUUUGCUUUUCAAUACAAAUUUAUUAAUCGAAAAUUUCCAACAAACAGUUAAUAGUAUAUGUUUUCAUUUACUCAAAUUGAUAAUUUAUGCACCUGGUUCGAUUAUUAAAUUGGUAGGAACACAUUGUGAUCAAAUUGAUCCAUAUAAGUCUUUUCUACAAGACUCUAUCAAUGCUAAUGAGAUCAUUGAUGAACAAAAUCACUCAUUAGAAACAAAUAAAUCAGAAAACCCAUUGAUAACUAUUAAAAACAAUGAAUCAGAUAACAAUAUAAGGAGUACUAAAAGCGGUGUUUUUAACGCACUUCAAAAACAUAUAAUAAAUACCAUUGAACGUUUAUCGAAAUGCACUGAAUCAUUUAAUUUGCCUAAUCUGUACAAACAUGAAGCAAAUAAUAAAAUAACAGUUUUACAGAAUAUCUCUUUUGUUAAUCUUUCUCUGCCAUUAUCUAAACAUCCUAUUACCUCUUCUCCCAAAAAUAAAGUACAUGUUGCAAAUCAACCAUACUUGAUCGAUAUUAUCAACGUAGACGAACUGUGGAGUGAAAUUGAACACCGAAUAAAUUAUACUUGUCAGACAUCAAACAGAGAUUGUUUCAUUCCUAAAUCAUGGUAUUCUUUAAUCGUUUAUGUACGAGAUAAACUGAAACCAUAUUUUAUGGUAAAACUUGACUUACGAUCAGAACAAAACAAUGAAGACUGCUCAUCAUCUAAAAUUGGAAAUAACCAGUUAACUUUGGACAAAACAUUUUUUGACGAGAUGAAAAUUGAUAACAUUGAGGAUUGUUUAAAUUACUAUCAUUCGAUCGGUCAAUUUCUCUAUUUUCCAAAGCAUAAGUAUUUAAAGGAUUAUUUAAUUUUACAUCCAACAGUAUUUCUUACUAUCAUUAAUGGUAUAAUAAAUCCACAAAUCAUAACUUCCGCCUACUAUGAUAUGAGCAACAGUAAUAAAAGUUUAUACCUUAGAUGGUACUUAAGUGCAAUAUCUGGUUAUUCAAAUGAAAGUUUGAAAGAAUACUUCAGCUCAUGGGAUCAUCAUAAAUCGAUUCCGUAUCAAUUGAUACGUUGUCUACUUCCUCCAUUUGGAUAUCGUACGUGUAAAUCAAUUCCAUCCAAUAAACCUCACCAACAAAUAAUACAACAACGGCGUUUGCUUCCAAGUAAACAAAAUCAUCACUUAGAUGUACCUUCACAUCACCAAGUAAGCAGGUUCGCUAUGAGGUCUUCAGUUAAAUCGAAAUCUCCUAUAAAUUUGUCAAAACAAGUUGAAACUGAGAAAGAUUAUUUCAAUCUAUCAGUUAGUUCAGUUAGUGAACCAAAGUUAUCACUUAAUAGUGUUUUACUACUGACAGAUCUAUUGGAAGCCGGAUUUAAAAUUCACAAUUUGAUUUUAGUUAAUGAACAUUUGAAAAAUGUACAGUUAAACAAUCCUAAACCUUAUAUAAUAUAUCCUUGUAUAUUUUCUGAUAAUAAUUCAAUGGAAUUUUUAUAUAGUAAUACAACAAAUUGUAUAGAUUUGACCACACAAUAUAAAAUAAAAGAAAAUGAAUGUAUACGUGAAAUAUGGUUUCCAUUAGGUCGACCUAUGGGUUAUUUUAAUCGACUUUCAGUUAGCUUAUGCAAAGUAAUAUGUGAUCAAACAAAAUACAUUGAAUUUUGUGGUUCGAUCCCAGAUUUAAAGUAUACAGAAAAGUUUAUAUUAAAUGAUUCGAUGGUUAAACAUAAUACAUUCAUUGUUGCAUACGACCAUAUCAAAAUUAUAUUGGAAGAAGUAACUGUUAAUGGAAGCCUGUUUUCUCUAUCCGAAUGUGACAUCCUAUAUGGAAUUAGAUGUAUACAACAAACUAAACAAAAAUCUAUACCUAAUGACAAUGUACAGCCGAACGAUAUUGCUUUUAAUCCAUUUCAAUGGUUUACUGAAACAUGUAACAAGUUAAAUAAUGAAGCCCAAGGCAUUGUUUGGUUUUGGUCUAAAUAAUCCACCUUUCAUGAUUAGUUGAUAACUAAUCCCAAAUAAAAUGAAUUGAAUGAAUUUGUGAAGUUAAUUAAUUAUAACAAUCAAAUUUCAUGGCGAUGAUUUAUUAAUAUUCUGAAGAUGGUUAAUUUCAAGCUAAACAAUAAAUUUAGUCACCGCACUAACGAAACUUAAAAGUUGAAGAUGGUUUAUGAAAAAACUUUCGAAUAAUUUAGAACGUGCGGAUUCUGUUACAUGACAUAUUUUACUUCAAAUUACAUGCCACUUUUACUAACUAAUUUAAAUGCAUUUUGUAAAGAAAAACUGCUGUUAAUCCCAGUUCCAGUAACACGAUUCAAAGUACUUCAUUCUGACACUGGCUUUUGUCGUUAAAACUAUUUGUAUUUGAUAAAAACAGCGAGCUUUUUGAUUUAAUAAAUUUCACCAAUUUUUCUCUUAAGCCGUUCUCAUUCUACUCUGUUCACCAUCUCAUCAUAUAUACAUUAGGCCUGUAAGAUCCUAAGUGCUCUACACAAAAUAGAAAAAUGUGACAAAUCAACUUAACCUUCUGUUACUUGAUGUAACAUUAUUCACAUGUGGCCUGACGCCUGACAAUCCACUGAUAUCUGUUGGUCACCUUUUUUACAGACAUGCUCAUAUUGUAUUAUUUUCUUUUCGUCAGAUUUACUUUAAUUAAUCAUGUACAUUAGUAUCCUAAUAUGCCUACAUACUCAUAAAA